AAAAAAAAAAAAAAAAAAACUCGCUAGAUGCUCCUGCGAUGGGUCUCACAUGGCUUUUCAGCAUAUGUCCUUGGUAAGAGGUGUAACCUGUCAUAAAUUGUUUAUGAUGGAUGGAAAUUGGAAGGUCUCUUUUCCUCUCUCAAGGGCUCGCCUUUGAUUGUUUUACUGAAUUAAAACAAUGGUUUUGAUGCAUAAUAAUUCCUUCUAAAUUUAUUUGGUUUAGGGAUGAAUCACUAUUAACGCAAGGAUUAGCUCUGAACGAUGAUUUGCAACGUUUAUUGGCCAAGCACGAAGAAAUUGCUUCUGGAAACAACACAGUUCAAUCUGACAAACCAAAACCCAAUACUGUUCAAGCCCUGGUUCCUGUUGCUGCUCCUCUUAUUGACACUGGAGAUAGCAAACAAUCGGCCAAAGGAUCUACAUCCAAUCUGGGGUUAGGUACACAAUUAUCGCUUUCUGCUCCGCCUGCUACUCAUAAUCAAUCAGCAACUCCAUUGAUGACAGUUCCUAAGAUAGACCUUUUGAGUGGAGACGACUUUGGCUCACCUGCACCAGUAAACUCGCUGGCAAUUGUUCCAGUCGGAGAGCCUCAACCUGCCACUCCUGUUGCAUCACAGCAGAAUGCCCUUGCUCUUGUUGACAUUUUUGGACAAAGUAACAAUAGUCAGUCUUCAAAUUCUGUUGGACAAGCGUAUACUUCGUCACCCCAAUUUCAGCAACAACAGAAUUUUCAAUCCCCAGCAUCCCCAUUAUACCCUAAUGGACGAGCUUCUGGCACAAUAUCAUCCCAAUAUGAACAGUCGCUUCACUCACAAGGCCCAACUUUUGCGUUGAAUGGUCCUAAUCCCAUAACUCAGCAACAGCAGCCACCUUCACCAGUUUAUGGUGCAUCUCUUCUUUAUCCUUUAAUUUAUUAUUUUGAAACUUGAUCGGUUUUGUUGUUCAGUGAUGGAUCGUUGGGUCCUCAACAUAUUGUCCUAGUAUUCAGUUUGUUAGCAACCUUUAAAAAGGAUCUAAGUUAGGAACCAACUUUACAAUAUAGUUGCACAAUCAGUCCCAGUGAAGUAUAGUUGCACAAUCAAUCCCAGUGACAAAAACUAAAUUUUUUUUUUUUUCUUGUUAAUAGGUAAUCAAAUGUUUUUUUAAUUAUGAAUAAUACACAGGCAGUGUAUUAGGCAACCCAUUUAUACGAGUAGAAGCCAUUGCAUUAAACCAAGUAUACAAUGUCAAAUUCACGGUACUGCAUUGCCCUCAUAGAAGCAUGUCUUACUUAAAACCAACUCAAGUUUGAAAAGUGAAAUCUAGCUUUAUAAACUUGGACGUUUGAUGCUCGCUUGAUUGUUUAACAAAGAUUUGGACAGUUUUCGUGAUUGGGAAUUAUAGCUAGGUCUUCUUUAGCGUAAGCCAUCCUUUUUC